AGUCAUGGUGGCGCUGUCGCUGAAGAUCGGGGUGGGGAAUGUGGUGAAGACCAUGCAGUUCGAGCCCUCCACCGUGGUGUACGACGCCUGUCGAAUCAUCAGGGAGAGAGUCCCAGAAGCACAGCUCGGCCAGCCCAGUGACUAUGGCCUGUUCCUGUCAGAUGAGGACCCAAAGAAAGGCAUUUGGCUAGAAGCAGGCAAAGCACUGGACUACUACAUGCUGAGAAAUGGAGACACACUGGAGUACAAAAAGAAACAGAGACCCCUGAAAAUCCGCAUGUUGGAUGGAACUGUUAAAACAGUCAUGGUGGAUGACUCAAAAAUCGUCAGUGACAUGCUAAUGACCAUCUGUGCCAGAAUAGGCAUCACAAACUAUGAUGAGUAUUCGCUGGUGCGUGACGUGGGAGAGGAAAAGAAAGAAGAGGCCACGGGAACACUGAAAAGAGACAAGACCCUCCUGAGGGAUGACAAAAAAAUGGAGAAACUCAAACAGAAACUUCACACAGAUGAUGAGUUGAAUUGGUUGGAUCAUGGGCGGACGCUGCGAGAGCAGGGUGUCGAGGAGUCUGAGAUGCUGCUUCUCAGGAGAAAGUUCUUCUACUCGGACCAGAAUGUGGAUUCCAGGGACCCAGUACAGCUCAACCUGCUCUAUGUGCAGGCCCGUGAUGACAUCCUGAACGGCUCCCACCCUGUCUCCUUUGAUAAGGCCUGUGAGUUUGCCGGAUACCAGUGCCAGAUCCAGUUCGGAGACCACAAUGAGUCUAAACACAAACCUGGAUUCCUUGAUUUGAAAGAAUUCUUGCCCAAAGAGUACAUCAAGAACAAGGGCGAGAAAAGGAUCUUCCAGGCACACAAAAACUGCCAAAACAUGACCGAGAUUGAGGCCAAAGUAAGCUACGUCAAACUAGCCAGAUCUCUGAAAACCUAUGGAGUGUCCUUCUUUUUAGUCAAGGAAAAAAUGAAAGGAAAGAAUAAGCUUGUUCCGCGUUUGUUGGGCAUCACUAAAGAGUGUGUGAUGAGAGUGGAUGAGAAGACCAAAGAGGUGAUACAGGAGUGGAGUCUGACCAACAUCAAACGCUGGGCCGCUUCUCCCAAGAGCUUCACGCUGGACUUUGGAGACUAUCAGGAUGGUUACUACUCAGUUCAGACCACCGAAGGAGAGCAGAUCGCACAACUCAUCGCUGGUUACAUCGACAUCAUUCUCAAGAAGAAAAAGAGCAAAGAUCACUUCGGCCUGGAGGGCGAUGAGGAAUCAACCAUGUUGGAGGACUCCGUGUCUCCCAAUAAGUCAACAGUUCUCCAGCAGCAGUUUAAUAAGGUCGGGAAGGUGGAGACGGGCUCUGUCGCUCUGCCGGCCAUCAUCCGCUCUGGUGCCGGAGGUCCAGAGAGCUUCCAGAUGGGCUCCAUGCCACAGGCCAAACAGCACAUCACCAGCGGACAGAUGCACCGAGGACACAUGCCCCCUCUGAUAUCAGCUCAGCAGGCUUUGACUGGCACCAUUAACUCCAGUAUGCAGGCGGUGCAGGCAGUUCAGGCCUCUCUCGUUGAGUUUGAUGCCCUGCCUCCACUGGGCACUGAUGCGGCAUCUCAAGCAUGGAGGAAGAACAAAAUGGAUGAGUCCAAACAUGAGAUUCACUCUCAGGUGGACGCCAUCACUGCGGGAACUGCCUCCAUGGUCAAUCUGACUGCAGGUGACCCGGCAGAGACGGAUUACACCGCUGUGGGCUGUGCUGUCACCACCAUCUCCUCCAACCUGACCGAGAUGUCUAAGGGUGUCAAACUGCUGGCGGCGCUGAUGGAGGACGAGGGAGGACGUGGCCAACAGCUUCUGGGUGCUGCCAAGAGCCUGGCUUGUGCUGUGUCUGAGAUGCUCAAGACCGCUCAGCCCGCCAGUACUGAGCCGCGACAGAACCUCCUGCAGGCAGCGGGUAAUGUGGGUCAGGCCAGCGGUGAACUCCUGCAGCAGAUCGGAGAGUCCGACGCGGAUCAGCACAAUCAGGACAUGUUGAUGCAGUUGGCGAAGGCUGUGGCUAAUGCAGCGGCGGCUCUGGUGUUAAAGGCCAAGAAAUUUUGCCUAGUAGUGGAUACAUACAAGACGGCUCAGGAGGCGUGUGGUCCUCUGGAGAUUGAUAACGCUCUCACAAUGGUACGGGGGCUGGAGAGGGACAUGCAGGAGGCCAAAGCUUCAGCUUCUGAAGGCAAACUCAAACCCCUGCCUGGAGAAACGCUGGAGAAGUGUUCUCAGGAUCUGGGCUCCAGCACUAAAGCCGUGAGCUCUGCUAUUGCUCAGCUCCUCAGUGAAGCCACCCAAGGCAAUGAGAACUACACAGGUAUGGCUGCUCGUGACGUGGCUCAGGCUCUGCGUUCGCUGGCUUCGGCUGCUCGUGGAGUGGCCGCUAACACCGAGGACCCUCAUGCCCGUAACGCCAUGCUCGACUGCACCGCGGAUGUCAUGGACAAAUCCGCCAGCCUGAUCGAGGAGACCAAGAGAGCCAUUGCCAAACCGGGAGACCCUGACAGCCAGCAGAGACUGGCCCAGGUAGCUAAGGCUGUGUCUCAGGCUCUGAACCGCUCUGUAAACUGUCUGCCGGGGCAGAGAGACGUGGAUAAUGCCAUCAGAACUGUAGGAGAAGCCAGCAAGAAACUCCUGUCUGAUAAAUUCCCAGUGAGCGGGAAGAGUUUCCAGAAGGCACAGGCAAAUCUGAACGAGGCGGCGGCCGGACUGAACCAGUCAGCCAAUGAGCUGGUGCAGGCGUCACGUGGCACCACCCAGGACCUGUCCAAAGCCUCCGGGAAGUUCGGACAAGACUUCAAUCACUUCCUGCUGGCUGGAGUGGACAUGGCUGGACAGUCGCAGUCGAAAGAGGACCAGACUCAAGUGGUCACCAACCUGAAGACCAUCUCCAUGUCCUCCAGCAAACUCCUGCUGGCUGCUAAAGCUCUGUCCACAGACCCCAACUCACCCAACCUCAAAAACCAGCUUGCUGCUGCCGCUCGCGCUGUGACAGACAGCAUUAAUCAGCUGAUCAGCAUGUGUACCCAGCAGGCUCCGGGACAGAAGGAGUGUGACAACGCUCUCCGUGAGCUUGAGACGGUCGGAGGAAUGCUGGAGAAUCCCACUGAAGCGGUCAGUGAUAUGGGCUACUUCGACUGCAUUGACAGUGUGAUGGAGAACUCAAAGAUUUUGGGUGAGGCCAUGGCUGGCAUUUUCCAUAAUGCCAAGAACAGUAACUUGCCAGAAUUUGGAGACUCAGUCAGUUCAGCAUCUAAAGCGCUAUGUGGUCUCACUGAGGCAGCCACUCAGGGGGCGUAUCUGGUGGGUGUGUCUGACCCAAACAGUCACGCUGGGCAGAAGGGUCUUGUGGACCCCUCACAGUUCGCCAGAGCCAAACAGUCGAUCCAGAUGGCCUGUCAGAACCUAGUGGACCCGGCCUGCACCCAGUCCCAGGUCCUCUCUGCUGCCACAAUUGUUGCCAAACAUACUUCGGCCUUGUGCAACGCCUGCCGACUCGCCUCCUCCAAAACAUCCAACCCAGUUGCUAAGAGACAGUUCGUCCAGAGUGCCAAAGAGGUGGCGAACAGCACCGCCAACCUCGUCAAGUCCAUCAAAGCUCUUGAUGGGGCCUUUAACCAGGAGAAUAGACUGAAGUGUAAGGAAGCCACUGGACCACUCAUCGAGGCUGUGGAUAACCUGACCGCCUUCGCUUCGAACCCAGAGUUUGCUAGCGUACCUGCACAGAUCAGUCCAGAGGGUCUGGCAGCGAUGGAGCCCAUCGUAACGGCCGCUAAGACCAUGCUGGAGAGCUCUACAGGCCUGAUCCAGACAGCCCGCACACUGGCUGUCAACCCCAAAGACCCGCCCAAAUGGUCUGUGCUUGCUGAACACUCCAGAACAGUGUCCGACUCCAUCAAGAAACUCAUCACCAACAUGAGGGAGAAGGCUCCAGGUCAGAGGGAGUGUGAUGACGCCAUUGAGGCUCUUAAUAACUGCAUCCGUGAGGUGGACAAGGCGUCUCUGGCAGCCAUCAGCCAGCAACUCACGCCUAGAGACGACAUCUCCCAUGAGGCUCUUCACGAGCAGAUGGCGGCGUCUGUGCAUGAGAUCAGUAACCUGAUUGAACCGGUGGCCAUCGCGGCCCGCUCCGACGCCUCUCAGCUCGGUCACAAGGUGUCUCAGAUGGUCAGUUACUUUGAGCCGCUCAUCAUGGCUGCCAUUGGUACAGCAUCUAAGAUCCUGAACAGCCAGCAGCAGAUGAGCGUACUGGAUCAAACCAAGACUCUGGCUGAGUCUGCCCUACAGAUGCUCUACACAGCCAAAGAGGCUGGAGGAAACCACAAGGUGAGACGGCACCAGCCAAACACAGCAGUUACCAAAUCCAACACUAACCCUGAUGAGCUGGGCGGUUUGGCCAAUCAGCUGACCACAGAGUUCGGUGACCUGGCGUCAGAGGCCAGAUGUGCAGCCAUGACUGCUGAGAAUGACGAGCAAGCGGCGUUCCACCCGGAGGUGAAGCGAGACGUUCAGGCUCGAGCGCUGCGCUUCGGCUCGGAGUGUGCCACAGGAUACCUGGGCCUGCUGGAGCAUGUGUUAGUGAUCAUUCAGAAACCAAGUCAUGACCUUAAACAGCAGCUGGCACACUUCUCCAAACGUGUGGCCGGUUCAGUGACGGAGCUCAUACAGGCUGCGGAGGCCAUGAAAGGUACAGAGUGGGUGGACCCUGAGGACCCGACUGUCAUCGCCGAAAAUGAGCUGCUGGGAGCCGCAGCUGCCAUUGAAGCUGCCGCUAAGAAACUAGAGCAGCUCAAACCCCGAGCCAAACCCAAGGAAGCCGAUGAGAGUCUAAACUUCGAGGAACAGAUUCUGGAAGCAGCCAAAUCCAUCGCUGCAGCCACCAGCGCUCUGGUCAAAGCUGCAUCUGCCGCUCAGAGAGAGCUGGUGGCUCAAGGGAAGGUCGGGGCGAUCCCAGCAAACGCUGUGGAUGAUGGACAGUGGUCACAGGGUCUCAUUUCUGCUGCGCGUAUGGUGGCUGCAGCUACGAACAACCUGUGUGAGGCAGCUAACUCCGCUGUUCAGGGUCACGCCAGUGAGGAGAAACUAAUUUCUUCAGCCAAACAGGUGGCAGCAUCCACCGCUCAGCUGCUGGUGGCCUGUAAGGUCAAGGCUGACCAGGACUCUCAGACCAUGAAGAGACUGCAGGUCGCAGGUAAUGCUGUCAAGAGGGCAUCGGAUAACCUGGUGAAGGCGGCACAGAAGGCUGCAUUUGAGGCUCACGAUGAUCAGGCUGUGAUGGUGAAGAGCAAGAUGGUAGGCGGUAUCGCUCAGAUCAUCGCUGCUCAGGAGGAGAUGCUCAGGAAGGAGAGAGAGCUGGAGGAGGCCAGGAAGAGGCUGGCCAUGAUCCGACAGCAACAGUACAAGUUCCUGCCGUCAGAGCUCAGAGAGGAUGGACAGGAUCAGUGAGCCGCAUUAGAGACUAAUCAGUGACAUUGAGUUUGAGAAAAGUAAUUAAUGAUAUGCAAUGAGUAAAAAGUGAACUGUGUAUCAGGAUGUCUAUUUUAAAAGUGUUUUGUUUAUUUCUGUCACUUUUUUGAGAAUUGCCAUGCCAGCUUUAUUGUUUUGUUGUAUUUGGAGAAUAUGCCGCAUAUACAAGUCAUUUUUAAUUUCUUCUAAUAGAUCUAUAAUAUUUGUUUCAGUACUAGAUAGAUUAGAUGAGCAGUAUGUGUUUUGAAAGUUUGUGAUCAUGGCAGGGGCCAAACAGUGUUUGUAAGCUUUUCAAUACGAGAUUUGGACUUUCUCAAUUUGUCUUCUGUUCUUCUGACAGUCGACAGAUUUUUUUCCCUCUUUUUCUUAUUUUUUGUGGCAAUUUGGACCAGCGGUGCAAUGAUUAACUUUGCGUUGAAACAAU